AUGGAACUGAAAAGCAGCAAUAUGAGAAAAAUUUGUAUCAAUUCCGAACCGAUGCCGACAACAAAUGUAAACAAUAUUGCGUUCAAGAAACAAAUGGACACUGAAAGAGUAACUGCCCUGCUUUUUGCGGGUGGCGGUGAGCGAGCCGGUGCGGCACAGUGCCCCACCCUGCCGCGCGCGAUCCUGGGUGCCGCCCGUAGCCGUUGUCCACUGUGGUGGUGGUGCAUUCCUGUCUCAGCGCUUCUUUUCCUGACUUUCUCCAAGACGGCUGCACCGCUGAUGCGACCGGCGUUCGCACUCUCCUGGAAUGUGGAGUGGCUCGGAUCGUUUCCGGUUGCGGGAACGGAUGAGGAUUCGGUGGCGCGUCGACUCGACAGGUUUGUGCCCAGUCAAGAACCUGUCGCUGUGCAACUGUUCGUUUCCGUGUCCGGUGUUAAAGUUUGUGCCUCCAACGACGAGUGCGCUUCAAUUACAUCGAUCACAUAG